UGCGUGUGACUGGCUGAUUUUGUCGCUUAUGCACUACGGAAAAUACGAAAAAAUAUUCUAGAUGUAGCGUCAGAACUGAUGCUUGAUUGUCAGACCAUGUUGGAGUUCAAAGUUCGCUCAAUAUAAGAUAGCUGAAUGGAGCGCUUGAAAUUCACUCGCGUCUGAGUCAUUGAAGGGAAAAGAUGUCCGCUACAAAAUUAGCUGCGGAUCAAAUCUUGGUCGAGGGGAAGGUUUACUCUUCGACUAAAUUGGCUGACCUUCAUCCGGGUGGGCCUUUGUUCUUGCGGGCCUUCUCGGGUCGUGAUGCCACCCAAGCCUUUCUUUCUUACCAUCGAAGGACGUUCCCCCAUUCUCGCGUCAAAGAGGCUUUUGAACAUCAUCAUCCGGACGUGGUUUAUGAUCCAGCUACCAAUGCCGAUUACUUGGAGCUCUGCGAGCGGAUUGACAAGGUCAUUCCACGAAUGAAGUCGUUCGCUCCAUGGAGCUAUUUUAUCAAAGCCACACUCAUUUGGAGCACGGCGAUCGGUCUGGAAAUCCAUAUGCAUUACAACGCGCGAUAUCCUUGGUUCGAAACUGCUCUCCUGGGCUUCUUUUUUGCCUUGAUGGGCUUGAACGUUCAACACGAUGCUAAUCAUGGAUCGCUCUCAAGAAAGCCGUGGGUGAAUCGAUUUUGGGGAUUGGCUCAGAAUUGGUAUGGUGGCAGUUCCGUGUCUUGGAUUCAUCAACACGUGGUUCAACAUCAUAUUCACACGAAUGACGUUUUUCUUGAUCCGGACAUCGAAGGCAAAUCACCCAUCCUUCGGCUCAACCCUAAUCAACCCCUUCUCAAGGCGUAUGCCUUUCAGCAUGUGCAUUAUUUCUUGUUAAUCCUGGUUUUUGGGUAUAAUAUCAUCUAUCAAGCUGUCACCACUGUCUUGGAAUUCGCCAACAAAGCUCCUUUCUCAGUGUUACUUCGGCCUUAUAUUUUGGGCGAACACAUUUGGAACGUCUUCUUUGUGGUACGAUGGUUUUUGCUACCGAUGGUACUAGCACCCAGUUUGUGGACACCAUUGACCAUUAUGCCCAUGUUUAUGGUCUUUGGCACGUAUUUGUCGUUCUUUUUUCAUAUCAGCCACAAUUUUGAUGGGGUUGAACAACUCGAGGAUACGUCGUCCAAAAACUCAUUCCUCUACAAUCAGCUCAUCACUUCGUCCAACGUUUGUGGGGCAAAGCUUUGUUUCCUUAAUGGAGGUCUCAAUUACCAGAUCGAGCACCAUCUCUUCCCAAGAAUGCACCAUAGCCAUUACCCAACUGUGGCACCUCAUGUUAGAAAUUUUUGCGAGGAAAAAGGAUUGCCUUAUCAUCACUUCCCGACAAUUCGCGAAAAUCUAAGCUCAUGCAUUAAUCAUCUCUCCGACUUUGGACGGAAAGAAGUUCCUAGAGCGGCUGAGAAGCUCGACAUUGCCAAACGAAUUGUCAGAAACAUUUCCUAACUGGGAGAGAACAACAAUAAAAAAAAAAUCAAUCAUCGCUA